AUGACGCUUGACAGUUGCCAAAUUCUGACAUUAGUAAAUUGACGUUUAAGCGAGAAUUAUAUUGUAAAUGUAAAUUGUUAUUUUAUUAUAAAAAUAAUUCCUGGGACCCAAAUUUAUAAGAUAUUUAGGGCAAUGGCUCAUGAAACUCCAGAUCCAAAUAAAACUAAAAAACCAUCUGAUAGUGCAUUUAAGCAGCAAAGACUCCCAGCAUGGCAACCAAUUUUAACUGCAGGUACAGUCCUGCCUUCAUUCUUCAUAAUUGGAAUUGCCUUUAUACCAGUUGGCAUAGUAUUGCUGUAUUUAUCAAACGAAGUUAAAGAACAUGUAAUUGAUUAUACUAAUUGUAAUAAGACAAAGACUAAUAGUGAUGGCACCUGGACAGAAUCAUCUGAGACGUGUGUUGACUUUAUUAAAACAAAUAGAGAUGAUCCAUGUGAAUGUACCAUUUCGUUUAAGCUUGCUGACAGUUUUGAUGGUAAAGUAUAUAUGUAUUAUGGUUUAAGCAAUUACUAUCAGAACCACAGAAGAUAUGUGAAAUCUAGAGAUGACAAUCAGCUACUAGGAAAAUUGAGCCCAAAACCCUCAACUGAUUGUAUGCCAUUUGACUAUGUUGUUGAUAAUAAAACGAAUCCAUCUAAAAAACCUAUUGCUCCAUGCGGAGCAAUUGCUAAUUCAAUGUUCAACGAUUCUAUAUCAUUGAGCAUGAUUGAUGAUAGUGGAAAGAUUGUACCUGUUCCUCUUCUCAGAACAGGAAUUGCCUGGGACUCUGAUAAAAAAAUAAAAUUUAAAAAUCCACCUGGUGCAAAUUUAGAAGAAGCAUUUAAAGGAUAUGCCAAGCCGAUUGAUUGGAAAGUAGAUAUUUGGAACUUAGAUCCAGACAAUAUAGAAAAUAAUGGUUUCCAAAAUGAAGAUUUUAUAGUAUGGAUGCGCACUGCAGCUUUGCCUACUUUCAGAAAGUUAUACAGAAGAGUUGACCACAGUCAAUCUGAUUUUUCUUCAGGAUUGAGCAAUGGAACAUAUAUUUUAAAGAUUGUAUACAAUUAUGACGUUAGCACAUUCAGUGGUUCAAAAAGAGUGAUCCUUAGUACAACUUCUGUAAUGGGUGGAAAAAAUCCUUUCUUGGGGAUAGCAUACAUUGUAGUUGGAUGUGCAUGUCUCUUGUUAGGCAUCGCACUUCUAUUUAUACACAUAAAAUGUGGCAAAAGAUUACUCCCAAAAUCCCAUUCCCGCCAAAACAAAUCUCAAACAAAAAGAAUUUCGUAUAGGAACGUAUCCGUUUUCACGUACUAAACUAAAGAAUCUUUAUACAAUUAAACAGAAGUACAAGUGAAAUGAUAAACGUCAACCCCCGAACACCAUACCAAUAAAGGAGAAUUGGACCUGCCAAACAACACUACCGGUUAAUGUUUAAAGUAUGUGUGCUUAGUUACCUCAGAAACAUAAAGUUCUGCAAGCAAACUAAGAGAGUCAUUAAUAUUCAGCUCAGCGGGGUGUUAUUCUUCAAGGCGUGAAAUUCUAUCAACAAGGGAUCUACCUGUUUUGUGGAAGGAUCCUUUGUUUAUUUAAGUACACAUUUCCAUCAAUAGUACCUACCCUCCUGAGCUGAAUAUUAAUGACUCUCUUAGUUUACUUGCAAAACUAUACAAAAGGAUUUUUUUUCUUAAUAAAGUCUCCCGGCACUAUGUGAUAGAGAGUGGCUAAUAUAGGUAUGUCAAGUAUGUGCAAAGAAGUUAGUGGUUCUAAGUUAAGUACACUGCAAAGUUAAUUUUUAUUCGACUUGAACUGUUAUCUGUAAAAGGUGUUAUAGUUUGUGGAAAGUAUUUGGAACAGUCAUUAUAAUAAUGAAAUUUAUCUUUAAAAGUGAAAUCGGUAAAUGAUAAUAAAUACGUGAAAGGGUCAAUCCAUAUCAGAUCACCCAGUUAGUGUUGCUCAACAUUUUUAAUUUUCCUGAUUCUUUUAUCAUGGAUUCCCUAUAGGUAGAUAUUCACAAAAAUCCAUUUGAAAAAAUUUUGUAAGCCAUAUUUUUUAUUUGGCAGCCAUUUUUAAAAUGACGGCUCGGAGAAUUUAAUGAAAAACGAGGUUUGCGGAAAAUUUAAUUGCCAAGUCAUUUUUAAAGAUAUCAGCAUAAUCUAAUCUAAACACCAGUGUGUUCAGCAUGAAAUUCCCUUCAAAAAUGUGUUAUUUAAAUUUCUCUAUCAUUAAAGAAAGUCAAUAAAACUUUCUCCAAAACUUCGGAAAGUAGCAAAAUCGUUCAUUUUUAAGACCAUUAAGUAUGGUCUCUUAUGGUACCUUAGGAAGGAGAAGUAUCUCACAAAUAAUAAUUUAUUUCUGUGUUGAAUACUCAAAAUACUACCAGCAGCGUAAGUUGUAGUCUUGAGAAUCAACUCCUUUCUUCCCUACAAUUUUUCAAAAAUGGCCGAAAGCACAUUAAUGCCAAUUUUCAAAGGUCAAUAUCUGAAAAGGGACUGAAUGAAAACAAGUGAAAAUUUUAUUAAAUGUUCUUUAUACUGUUACGAAUAUCUCACAAAAAAAUUAUGACUGAGACUUAACUAAGUUUAGAGUUAUAGAGUUGUGAAUUCCAAUAAAAACGCUAUCUUUUUAAUACACUCGUGCAAUGCUAAAUUACCAACUGUAGGCUUAAAAUUAUCUUAAUUGACAAAGUUAAAUUGUGCUGAAAUCACUAAGUUACCAAUAAACUUUUAAUUAUUUCUUCUUUUCAAAAAGAAUGGACAGUAAUAAUAGUACCACAGGUAAAAUUCUUGAAUUACCACUUAGGUCGUAGAGCGCAAAACAUAGAGCGACCAAUUUUGUGAUCUGGAUAUUUCUGUUUAUAUAUGCUGUAGAGUUCAUUUAGUGAGAGAAGAAUUAACCUUUUCUGUUUGUGCACCUUGACAUUGUCAAUCACAGAUGAAACAUAUUAUUCCUUUUUACCAGGGCAUAAGCGACUAUUUUCGUCAUCUUCGUAAAACUCUUUAACACAGUGAAAAAUAGCUUCACUUAUUUUGUUGCCCUGUCUUUUUGAAAGAUGUGGUAAGACACCUUGAUCCUUUACUAGCUGCCUAGUUAACUUUACCAUGUCUUCAGAUGCACCAAAGUCCUCAACUAUUUUUUUCUUUGACCAUGAGCUUGGUAAUAGACUAAUUAUCUUAAUUUUAUCAUCUUUAUUAGACACUUUAAAUUUUUCUUUCAGUUUAGUAAUGAGUAUGUCAUACUCACUAAUUGAAGUUUCUACAGCAUUUAAAUUCUGAGUUUCUAAGUCAUUAUAGAAUGAUUCUUCCAACUUUCGCUUGACCGUGCUCGUAAUUUUGUCAGUUUUUCUUUGCAAAUCUGACCGUCAUUGUUCUUUGUUAAGCUUUGUUAUUUUACAUAAAGGAGACAAUUCCAAAGUUUCACAAAUGGAUUCCACUUGAUGCAACGGAUUCUCAUGUACUAAUUCAAAAGGGCCAGGAAGAAAUUCAGGAUCAUUUUCAACAUUUUUUGUCUCAUUUUCAGGCAAUUUUUCUACAAAUAUAUUUGUUGCACAGGUUGGACAUAGAGCCUGUCCAGAAAUUAGUCUAACGUCCACAUUUUUACUCUUCGAAAGGUGUUCAAUUAGUAUUUUACGCAAACCAUUUUUAAUUGGCCUUUUAUGACGACUAAAUGGGUCACAACAUUUUUUUCCAAAGAUGUGGUUGUACUUGUCUAAAUAUUUAUCUCUGUGGUAAUGGCAGAUAUUGGUAAUUUCAUUUGAAAUUCUUAAUUUGAGCAAACAUUGUUCUUCAGUUGGCAAGUCACUUACACUGAUAAAAUUUUCAGACACUUCUUGUAGUGUUGUUUAUGACACUGUCCACUUAUUAGUUCACCCACAAAACAACUCAUACUGAAUAAUUAAACAAUUAAAUAACAUUACUAUCAUAAGUAAAUUUAAUUAAGCACAUCAAUGUACUGACACAAUUCCAAAACUGCACUAACAGGACAUGUUCACUAGUAUAGUCAAAGAACUAUCACCAACUGAGCCUCAUCAAUACCAAAGCAAUGCAGAUUGAGGGGGGGGGGGGUGUUCAUGUCUCCACUUGUAGAGACAUGUAGGUGCAGGUGUUAUUUUAAAACUCUAAUAAUAAUAUAUAGAUUUAAGCAUCAUUUAAUUUUGAAAAUUAAGAUAAUUUUAGCCUUGAGUUGCUAAUUUAGUAUUGCACGAGUGUAUUAAAAAGUUAGCGUUUUUAUUGGAAUUCACAACACUAUAACUCAAAACUUAGUUGAGUCUCAGUCAUAAUUUUUUUGUGAGAUAUUAUUAUCAGCAUAAAGAACAUUUAAUAAAAAUUUCACUUGUUUUUAUUCAGUCCCUUUUCAGAUAUUGAUCUUUAAAAAUUGGCAUUAACGUGCUUUCGGCCAUUUUUGAAAAAUUGUGGGGAAAAAGGGAGUUAAUUCUCAAGACUACAACUUAUGCUGCUGGUAAUAUUUUGAGUAUUCAACACAGAAAUAAAUUAUUAUUUGUGAGAUACUUCUUCUUCCUAAGAAUUAAUGGUCUUAAAAAUGAACGAUUUUGCUAAAUUCUUUCCGAAAUUUUGGAGAAAGUUUUAUUGACUUUCUUUAAUGAUAGAGAAAUUUAAUUAACAUAUUUUUGAAGAGAAUUUCAUGCUGAACACACUGGUGUUUAGAUUAUGCUGAUAACUUUAAAAAUGACUUGGCAAUUAAAUUUUCCGCAAACCCGGUUUUUUCAUUAAAUUUGCCGAGAAGUCAUUUUAAAAAUGGCUGCCAAAUAAAAAAUAUGGCUUACAAAAUUUUUUCAAAUGGAUUUUUGUGAAUAUCUACCUAUAGGGAAUCCAUGAUAAAAGAAUCAGGAAAAUUAAAAAUGUUGAGCAACAAAUUAUAUUUAUAUUGGGUGAUUUAAAAUGGAUUGACCCGAAACCAUUAUUGUAAAUAUUGAUGUAGGCUCGGGUCAUCAGGUGUAGUUUGUUUUGAUUUUUUAUUUAAAUAUAUUAUACGUUUACAAUAAGAGAUAUUUGUUCAGAAAUGGCUGAUAAAGAAUCAUCAAAAGAAAUGGAGAGCCACUCAACGGCAAAUCAAGACUAAAAAAAUAAUCAAGAAUAUUGAUAAUAAAACUCUCGAACAGUUUUAUGAACCUCAAUAAACGAGAGGUCAAAACGUUCACUGAAAUGGUGACUGGACAUUGCCGUUUAAGGAACCACCCAUACAAACUAGGCAAGGUGAAUGAACCAUGGUGCAGAAAGUGCGAAAUGGAAGAAGAGACUGCUAUACAGAUACUAUGCCAUUGCAGUGUGCUAAGUGAUGUAAGGUUGGAAUUCACUAGUCAACUGAGGUUUGAACCAGAAGAGAUCCUAAAACUACCAAUAAGAAAACUGUUGACCUUCGUUGAGGCCACAGAACUUAUUAGUUUAAGUAAAAAAACAGAGUUUAAGGAAAAAAACAACGUAUGGUACAAAGGACUUAUGACCAAGUACCAGAGACUAACGAGUCUCGCCUGGGUUAAGAAAAAGAGACAUUUGAACAAUACGCAAUGGUACGGAAUGGAUAUUUUUACUUCGUACAUAUGCCAAACCAUUUUUAUUUAGUAAUAUCUAUACAGGGUUGUAACACUAAGAAAUGCAACAAACAAAUAAUACUUACAACACUACGAACAAUACUUACAACACUACAAACUUGUAUACUACUCAUUGCUUUGAGAUGUUGACUGCUGCACUGUUUAGUAUGUUUAAUUUGCUCUAGUCAGAUUAAUUGACAACUUUUGACGGUGAAACUUAGUUCCUUAAUAGGUGGUACCAUUCUUAGUCAAGAACAAUAACUUUAACUGAACAGUACAAUGCAGUGGAAUUGAUUAAGAAGUCUCUUAUCGUAUCUACUAUUUCAUGUCCUAUUGUAGCAGCGUUGUCGGUAUAAAAUAUGUUAUAUUUGAAUGUAUAUAGUAUUCGAUACCAUGUUAAAUCUUAUACAGUACGUAAAUCGUUCAGCUGGACAUAGGAAACAUACAUUGUAUAUAUUUAGAUGCAUAAAUACAUACAUUGUAUUAUAUUGAGAUAAUUGUGGCAACUGAGCUCUCUCGAUGACAAUAUGGUUGUUAGCAUUAAGGGGCAGUAACCUCAAAAUUGACAAUGUAGUAGCUAAAUAUUUUUGGCCUAAGGGAAUGGGAAAACUGUUUAGUUUUGAAAUUAGUUUUUAAAUAAAAAAUAUUUUUAAAAUUAAAGUAAAAUUAUUAACUCAUUAAUCAUUAACUUUGUUUUUGAUUUAUUUAUGGACAGCAUUGCUUCAAAACUCACUCAUUCUAUUCGUUAUAACAGCUCUAUUGCAACAAAAACUCGUACUCGAACAGAAGCUUUAAACUAACACAGGUUAGCGCAGUUGCCAUAAUUCUCUCAAUGUAUAUUCCCUAUGUCCAGCUGAACGAUUUACGUACUGUAUGUUCACCUCUUUGCCUCCAAUGCACUACGGACUUUUUCACACAAACUGAUAAUACUGAAUUCGUUAUUUUUUUUUUUUGUUAUUUAUAAAAUGUAGCUCGAAGAUAAUAAUAUUAUCUUCGAGCUACAUUGUAGAGCUAUAUAUUAUAUGCUAUAUCAUAGACUGAUUUAAACCACUUUGGUAUUCACCAAAGAGUUCUUCCGUGUAUGUACUUAGAUAAUUAUAUUAAGGCAUUCGAAAAAAAUCUCGAGUAACACCAUUAUAUGGACAUAGAAUCCGACGUUGUGGUUAUGGUGUGUUAAUUUGAAAAGGUACCACCCAUAUUUUGGUCCCUAGAGAAAAUCUAAAAAUAUGCAAAAACACGUAAAAUUUAUUUGUGACAGGGACAUUUUGUAGACCAGUUUUUAACUAACCCUCUAACGAGGGUGGACACAACCUCAAAAAUCUUUAAUGAAAAGGGGGUUGACUGAUACCUCAUUGUAUAGGUCGUUCAACUACCUUUACAAAAAUGCCACAAACAUUAUAUUUCUUUUCAGCACUUUUAGAAAAAUCUUGGACUCGACACUUAAAAAAAUUUUGGAGUUCUGAAUUCGAUACUUAAUAUACCUAUUCACGAUUUUACUUGAUUUUUACAAAAAUACCGAAAAGAAAUUUGGUAUUUUUAAGACUUUUAAAAUGAGGUUUCACUCAACCUCCUUUCCAUUAAAGAUUUUGGUGGUUGUGUUCACUCCCACUAGAAGUUUGAUGUAAUUUAGUUGAAAACUGGUCUGCAAAAUGUCGUCCUCACAAAUAAAUGUGACGUAUUUUUGCAUACUUUCAGAUUUUCUGGCGGGACCAAAUUAUAAAGUAGCUUGUCAAAUUGACACACUGUAUUUUAUCACUCUAUAAUCUCGGUUAUUCAGAUAUCGAAUUCCUGAAAUAACUUCAUAUAAAAGUUAAUUGCGUAAUACCUGAGUAAUACUUGGAAAGCAUGCUUUUUAAAUUAUUGUUUCACUGUACUUCUACUUUCCAUAAACUAGAAUGUUGUUUUCAUUUAUUUCGGUACUUAAUUGUUUAGUUAAUAUUGUUGAUUACUUUAUGUUUAUGGUUUACUACAUCUUUAUAGUUUGGUAUACCCAAUAAAAAUUUAACACAAACAACGUUGACUGUGUAACUAUCAUUGUGUAUAAAACAACAGCUUAUAUUUGCUGACAUGCUUAAGGAUCUAAUAUAAUUCGAUAUUAUAGCCGUUUCAACAAUAACUUACAAAAUUGAAUCAUAUGCAAUUCACCAGAGAAAAAAGGGGGGGGGGGAAUGAAAAAUAGAAAAUCAUUUUCAUUUAAUUAAAAAAGAUAAUAUAAGCAAAAAGAAACGCGAACAUGAUAAGAUAGACUUAAAAAAAUCUGUAUUGUAGAUUGAAAAUUGACCAAAAUCGUACAAUUUUAGAAAAUGAUAUACUAGAUAUAUUCAUUGGUAUGGGCAGUGAAGAAAAAUUAAUUAAAAAAAAUUAUUCUUAGCCCAAGAAACAGGUAGGUCUUUUAAAAAUGUCCCAAGUCGGCACAAAGAUUAAAACUGCCCGAUAUAAAAUAUAACAAUAUAACCAGCUCGGCUUUUGAGAUAAUAUCAAAUAAUUGUACAUCUCAAUGGAAAAAAAUACAUUUAUAUUAAAUAGAUAUAUAAUUAUACAUAGCCCAAUAAAAAUAAAAAUAUUGCAGAUAAAUAUAAAGAUUUACAAUAAUUAUCCUUUACACAUUCCGACUUUGUUUCACCUGAAGCUAAUUUUCGUUUUUGUUCUUUAAAUUUACAACGUUCACAUACUAAUAACAAUUUUCCUCUUUGACUAAAGAUUUCACUUACAAUGGACUUUAAAGAUGUCAUACUCUAUUUUGUCUGGAUACUGAACUAGUAGUUAAUUGGAAGGUAAAUUGAUUCCACUACGAGGUGUCGAGCGAGUAACAUCGUUCUGUAUUUUGUCGUGCUUUGUAAAACAUAGUGCAAAAACAGUGGCAUAGAAGCUAAAUUAGGUAUAAAUUCGAGAUAAAAACGUAAUUGCUUUUGACACAGUCAAAAGUAAGCAGUGGCGUAGCAGAUACCCAAACAGUCAAUAUGUCUCAAACACCUAACCAAGCUUUAUACUAUGUACCAGUAGCGAAAUCGAUUCCACGGCCAACAUUUCCAACCAGAGAAAGGGGUAUUGAGGUUAGGAUGUUUUUCUAUGUUAAUAAGAAAUUUUUCCAUAUCUAUAAUUUCAAGAUAAAAUUACUAUUAUACCUACUAAUGGGGUACUAAUACCUACCUGUUAAUCUUCGAGCCGACCUGGGGGCUUUUAAAAUGUUCCGGGGUUUAUCAUAAAGGACUAAAGGAUUAUAGUGAGCCGAGAUGGGAAUACUCCAUUGGUAUAUCAGUCAUUAUAUUCUUGAAAUUCUCAGUGGAAACAAUUUUUUUUUAAUUUCUUAAAAAAUAUUGACAUAAUAAUGAGGAAUCCAUUGUCAAGGAAAGUUUUUAAGUUUUUCUUUCAAUUUUUACAGGGUAUAUCUAACAUGUCAAAUGCAUUUUCUAGUAUAGAAUACACGAAGUGGCCUUGAGUGUUAGUAUAGAUAGAAUAAUAUAGAUUUAUAUUUAUAAAAAUAUAUAUUUCUUUUUUAUUAAUAUAACUCUAAUGGCCAAAUUAAUAAUAAUAAACCAGUUGGUUGUUAACAACUGAGAAUAUGCUUUAUUGAAAAACGUUACAAAAUAAUCAAAUUUCUCUGACUUACAGCUUUGAACUUCUGUACUAUACCUAGAUAUUUUUGCAUUAUCCGUUUGACGGUUUAUCUUCUAUACAUUCUUAAACUCUUGUACGUAAGACUUUCCUCAUAAAAAUUCUAUCGUUUUAAUAUUAGAGUUCGAAACUACGAUCAUGAUUUUCUGCUGAAGGUGCUUUAGUCUGUUAUAAGAGAGUUUGAGGAACGUAUUAACGAUCAAAUUCCAAGUGUUUAAGUGGCACAUGACACAAAACUAAUAUUCUUUUUCUCAUGGGCAUCUUUCAGUGCGUCACAGUUUUUCGAUUUCUUUCUAAUGCAUUAAAUUGUAUGUGACAGAAAAAAGGCACGUCUGUGAUUAGAGACAUUUAUAACAUUUAUUCUAGUUGUCGAUAGAUGGCGCUAUAAUCGAAAAAAAAUUAUUUACGAAUUAUAUAAUAUAUCUACGAAUAUAAUCUGUACAAUUUAUAAGACUAUACAAAUCAAAGAAAAUACCAUUUUAUAAAUGCAAUAAACACAAUUAUUGAUUUGUUUUUAUGCCAAAUUGCAAAUAAAAUGUGACAACUGUCAGAUUUAAAUAAAAUGUCAUGUUAGAAUAAAUGUUAUAAAUGUGUAUUAUCACGGACUUACCUUUUUUUUUCUAUCAUUUUAAAUCAAAACAUUAAGUGAAGCGUACGUCGAUAUGUAAUAUCAUUAAUAUUUUACUGUCAAUAUAAUAAUUAGGAAAUAGUUUUUAUCGGUAGACGUAUUUUAUGUAGUUCUAUUGUACAUUUACAUUUAACGAUGUUAUAAUAUAUUUAACACAAUAUAACUUUAUAAAAUAAACACAAUGGGGUGUAUUCUGUAACAUGUCCGUUAAAUUUAAGAGGCCUCUAAAAUUUAAGUUUUAACGGUCCUUUAAAACUUUUAGGUUAGAUUGACAUUCUGUAAACACAUUUUAUAGAGGACCGCUAAAAUAAUAUUUUUUUAGAGGAAUCCUCUAAAAGGUUUUGGAACAAAUACGGCAACGUCGCACGUUGAUCGUUUUUGAACUACUUUUAACCCAGAAAUUGACCGAAAACUGACUGUCAGAGGCCAAAAACGUUAAGAAGAAGAAGAUAUUGUCAGAUUCCUAAAGAAUAAUAUUUAUUGAAUUUAAUUAUUUUUUAGUAAAACUCAUAUUUUACAAUUAAACAUUUUUAUUUAUAAAGUUAUACAUUAAAAUAUUGCUGAAAAAUUGCAUAUCUUAUUUCUUCUCCCCUUCGACAAUAAUUUUGGUCAAAUUAAGGUCAUCUUAUUAAUCUGCAUCUGGUUAUAAACCUUCUUGAACUUCACCUUUAUAAACAUUUGGUACAUUUUGUAAUGUUCCACAAAACCUUUAAAUAAUUUUAGCUGCAUUAAUAGGAUUUAAUUGCUUUGACAAACAUAUUUGACUUCCAACACUUUUUCAAUCACAUUUCUAGGUAGGUAGGUACCCAUGGUACAAUAAAUUUUCCUAAAAAUUUCCUAAUAAAUUUUCAUAAAAUGAAACUUUAUUGUACCAUGGUAGGUACCUACUUCCUUUGAAAUUUGAAAUGGUAAUUGUAGUUAAUUUCAGGUCAAUGGUCAAUUACUUUUUGUUUUUGUUGUAACCUGAAAUCAGCUCUACAAAAAGAAACAAAAAUUUGAAUUUUGUUACUUAAAAGGUGUAGUGUGUCGAUUGCAAAGUAAAAUGAGACACUUACCUUUCAUUAUUAUUUAUUAAGUACUUCUUCACCAAAUACAGUAUAAAAAGCCAUUUGCCAUUUUUAAAUAUUUAUCUCCAGUAUAAUAGAAUAAUAACAAACUACUAUUCAUACAAACAUAACCCAACAAAAAUAAUCAAACCACAUUUAACGGACCGCUAAAAAUUUAGCGGGUACAUUUUGACAUCCUCUAAAAUAUUUUUAUUUAGCGGGAGUUUUAACGGUUUAGGUUAUGAUUUUAACAGAUAUAUGAUUUACAGAAUACCAAAAUAUUUUUAGCGGGCGUUAAAAUUUUAGAGGCCUCUAAAAUUUAACGGAAGUGUUACAGAAUACACCCCAAUAUAAGUUAUAUAUUAUAAAUAAACACAACGAAUGCGCUAAUGUCACUGUCACUGAAAAUGAUAAUCUUCAAAAUUCAUAGUAAACAAGGUAUCAAAGACAUGCCGUAGUGUUUAUCCUUGUUUAACUUAUUGUGGUUUCUAUGGACAAGGGGCUUAAUUUUGCGAUAUUAUAAUAGUUUCUGUGAGUAAAAAAUAUACCUAGUAUAAAAAGUAAUUCGUGAAUAAUUUCAUGAAUGUGCAAAUAUAUACCUAAUGGAAGAACUAUAAAACUAACUAGCCCAGUUGCUUUCUUACUGUAAAGAUCAUAAAAUAAUAUUCCUACUAACUAUGAAGUGUCACUUAAACGCAUGAAAUGUAUUUUUUAAUUAAAAUAUGUCUAAAACGUAUAUUUCAACUGUUAGGAUAAUUAUUCUGAAGCUAUUUUCUUAUGGCAUUUUAAUAUUAUUUACUACAUUUAAUGGACAUUAAACCACAAUUUCAGUUUAAAAUACGUUUAUUUUGACUUUUCGAUUUCCACUCCGGAAAUAGGUUUUUUGAGAAUAUUGAGAAUUUUAAACAAUAAUUAUUGUGGUUAAUUUCCAUUAAAUAUAGUAAAUAAUAUUGGGAUUAUUUUGGAAAUGUUAGAAAUAAUUUUUUUAAUAAUAUAAUCUAUUGUAACCAAACUUUUAUAUUUAUAACCAAACAGAGGCUAAUAUUUUUUGUAACGGAAAGAAAUCAAUCUUUACUUGAGAGACUUUAAAGUUGUUUUAAGUUCCAUGCUAUUUUGGACACACCAGAACAUUUCCAAAUAUAUCUAAAUUAUGAAAAAAUUUCAUACGUAGAUUAAGAAAUUAUUUGUAAGAGUAUCUAAAAACUGCCAUAAAUAGAUUUUGGUAGGUAUUUUUAAAACAUGUAGACGGUGAACACCAUAUUCACCAAAGAUAGCUUAAUUAAAAUUUCACAAUUGAUGAAUUGAGUACUUUAGAAUGAAGUAAAAAAUAGACGUAAUCUCAAUCAUUUAUUGUAACUUCCAACGACCGGUUUCGCUCUCUAAAGUAUUCAGAGCGUCUUCAGGUCAACGGUUACAAGUCACUAAAUGCUACAAAUAAAAACCAGAUUUAGAACAAUGUCUGGUUGUAAAAGAUGCCAAAGAUCCAUAAGAUCAAGCCAAUAUUGAACAACAUACAUAAAAGUAGUUAAAACAGCAAACAAAUACAUAUGCAUGUACACUCGGGUGCGGUAACAAACGUCCCCAAGCUCACAAACACAUGCAGAUGUGUACCGUCUGUAAUCAUGCAAUGAUAACGUGUCGUACUUACAUUCAGUUACAAUGAGCUACUUCCUGAGUAUUCAUUAACAUGAUAUCUUGUUUAAGUUAUGCUAACGGGAUAUGGUGGAAGAGACGGAGAAUGUUGUAAAGGUUAACAAGUUGAUGGAAAUUGGAAAUUCUUGAGGGUGAUGAGAUAGUUGGUGACAGACAACCAACAAAUCUGUGGCUGUUAUUUUGUUUGUGAAGUAGACUAAAGUGAAUGUCAUAUAUACAAUUUUAAUAUGUGAUGGUUUUAAAUAUUUUUAUUUCUAUUUAUUAAAAGAAAGAUAUAUAUUCUUUUAUAGAAUUAUAGAAUAUAUCUAUAGAAUAUAGAUAAUUGGAUAUAAUAUGACAUUCACUUUAGUCUACUUCACAAACAAACCAUCUCAUCACCCUCAAGAAUUUCCAUAAACUUGUUAACCUUUACAACAUUCUCCGUCUAUUCCACCAUAUCCCGUUAGCAUAACUUAAACAAGAUAUCAUGUUAAUGAAUACUCAGGAAGUAGCUCUUUGUAACCGAAUGUAAGUACGACACGUUAUCAUUGCAUGAUUACAGACGGUAUACAUCUGCAUGUGUUGUGAGCUGGGGGCCGUUUGUUACCGCCCCCGAGUGUACAUGCAUAUGUAUUUGUCUGCUGUUUUAACUACUUUUAUGUAUGUUGGUCAAUAUUAGUUUGAUCUUAUGGAUCUUUAGCAUCUUUUACAACCAGACAUUGUUCUAACUCUGGUUUUUAUUUGUAGCAUUUAGUGACUUGUAGCCGUUGACCUGAAGACGCUCUGCAUACUUCAGAGAGCGCAACCGGUCGUCGGAAGUUGCAAUAAAUGAUUGAAUGUAUGUUUUUUACUUCAUUCAAAAUGAACUCUCGCAUGCAAUCCAUUCAACAUUUGAGUACUUAAGCUUUAUUAGAAAUUAUACUAUUUCUGUUGAUUAUCUAAAUUACGGCACAUACUGUACUAAUAUGUACGUGCAAUCGUAAUAUUACAUGUCAUAUAACAAAAUAAGGAUCUGCACGGGUACAUCCUACUUGACAAACAUAAUAUAAUGUUGCUGUUUUAAACGCCUAUAGUGCUACAAUCUAUCUAAGGAACUCAUUAAUAUUCAGCUCAGCGGGGUACUAUUGUUCGAGGUGUUAAAUUUCAUAAACAAGGGAUCUACCUGUUUUAAGCUGGGAUCUCACGGAACGUGGCGCGGCACUUUUUACCAGUUUACAGUUGACGAAGAGAAAUAGAUAAAGAUAAAACUAAAGACGGUAAUCAACGCAACGUGAAAUAACAUUCUUUCACUCAAAAUUUGUGGUUGCGAUCCGUAGGCUAGGACAGAUCCCUCAAUUUAUGGUCAGCGCGUGUUCUUUUAUCAUUUGUCGGUAAAUGAACACGGUUCAAACUAAGUCAGAAGCUUAUACACAGUCGGUACUUCCCCUCCAUGCCUUCCGACGCGGCUAGGGGAUGGUACGAUCAGUGCCGUGGUAAUUUUAGUAUGGAGUGGCCUAACGACGUGUUGGAAUUUUUAUCAUUGUAUGAAUUAACCAACUUUCUAACGUCAAUAAGAGCGACGCGACACGUUCCGUGAGAACUCGGCUUUAUGGAAUUAGCUCUUCCUUAGAAGUACACAUUUCAAACAAUAGCACCCCGCUAAAAUGAAUUUUAACGAGUCUCUUAGAUUGUAAAACUAUACGUUCAUAUUGAAAGUAUGAGAAUGUGCUUAGGGAAAAAUGUUAGUACUUUCAUUUCAUUAAUUGUGGAAUUGUUUAAUUUUUCAUCGCUUACCUAAGAUAUAUAACACUCUAAAAUGUUGUUAGUGUAUUUAUUGUUAGCUCGUUAGCAGAGUUGUUUCUUAUUGUGAUUUUAGUAAUAAUAUACCACUUUCGUUGUAUAUAUUUUGUAUAUUUUAUUGAAAUAAUUAUUACAGGUUAAACGCUUA